AAUACGUGUCUCUCUCUCAAUCUCUCCUCCCUCGCUCUCUCUCUCUCAAUCUCCCACCAUGGUUCCUCUAUCAUCUUCUUCUUCUUCUUCGUCGCCCAACCCUAGAUUGAUCCCUCCUCUCCAAAUAAAGAGAGCCCCCACAGAGUUUGAUAUAGUCCUUCCUCCUCCACAACAAACAGAGAAGGAAGGAAGCGUCGAUUUGAUCGUUCAGAUACAUUCAAAUAUCUUUUAUUCACAUCCGAUCAGAUUCCGGUCAUCUUCUCCGGCUACACUGCCGAGUCGGAAGACUCCUCUUAUUCCGAGAUGUCUGAUAAUUCCAUCACUUACUCUACUAAAUCAUCUGAUCAGAAACAGGAGGAGGUUGACCAGGCAAGUCCUCACAUCACCUCUGUAUUUUGCGCCUGAGUUUAUGACAUGUAUGAAAUAAACGAGAUUUUAAUCACUGGUAUCUUGUUAAAGGUGAGAGGAGUUGCUAUGAUGAAGGAAAGCGUACUGCAGAAACACUGGCCAUGGAUUAUCACCGAGGUGCAGGUGUGGAGGUUAGGAUCGCUCGUAUUUUCAACACGUAUGGACCGAGAAUGUGCCUCGAUGAUGGGCGUGUUGUUAGUAACUUCGUUGCCCAGGCCAUCCGCAAAAACCCAAUGACUGUUUACGGUGAUGGAAAACAAACUCGAAGCUUUCAAUAUGUUUCUGACUUAGUGGAUGGACUUGUAGCGUUAAUGGAACACGAUCACAUAGGACCAGGCAAGUCCUCACAUAAUCUGCAGCCUGCAUACUACAAUUUUGGUGUUCUGUACUCCGAGAUGAUGCAAUAUGACAGUGCCUUGGGCUGUUACGAGAAGGCUGCAAUUGAGAGACCAAUGUAUGCCGAAGCAUAUUGAGUGUUCUGUUGGGAGAAGGCAGAUGUGCAACAGAAGUGGCAGAUGUUCUGUUGUCCUGAUUCUUAGUGGCGCACACAAGUAUGUGUAGCUGCUGUAAUUCAUCUCUUAGUUUGUACAUAGCAUUGUUCGAUGGCCGUGAACGUGUGAAGUACACCCGUGAGCAGCUUCUGAAACUUAAAGAGGUGAUUAUCUUACUUUAGAAAACUGUAGAACAAAGCUUGUCUAAUUUGA